CAAGCUGUGGCCCUGCGUUCCCGUGUCGAAAUCCACCCGCUGGGUUGUGCGUUUGAACCAGGAGGACUUUGCUGCUGGCUCACAGUGACCCUCUGAAGUGGAACAGGGAGGAGCCCGCCAGCCGUGGGAUGGGGCAGUCAUGAACGGCGAUGCCCUCUGCCAGGAGCCGUCCUCGCCGCUGCCCGACUGGCGCGAGUUCUGCGAGCUGCACGCGCAGGCGGCCGCCGUCGACUUCGCCCAGAAGUUCUGCCAGUUCCUGAGGGAGAACCCGCACUACGACACGCCGGGCGCCGAGGCCUCCUUCUCCCACCACUUCGCCGCCAACUUCUUGGACAUCUUCAGCCUGGAGGUGAGCCGGGUGUUCGUGUCCGACUCGCCCACCAAGUACAACAUCGUGCCCUUCGUGGGGCUGCAGAACUGCCACGUGCCCUACGGGCGCGACGUGGCGCAGAGGAAGGAGGAGACCUCCACGGAGUCGCUGGACAGCAUGGAGCACCCCCUGGGCGCCCAGCGCUACCUGAGCCCCUCGCAGCAGGCGCAGGCGCGCAAGGUCUCCUCCUACGGGCAGUCCCGCAGCUCCGAGGACGUGUCUGUCCAUGCCGCCUCCAAGCCCAAGUUCAAGAAGGGCUUCUCGCUGAGGAACAUGAGCUUGUGCGUGGUGGACGGCGUCAAGGAGAUGUGGCAUCGGAAGUCCUCGCCGGAGCCGGGCGCCGAGGCCACACACGGCGGCAGGAGGGCCGAGAGGGAGCCGUGGCCGUCGGGGAGCAAGGAGCACAGUGACUCCCGGGAGAAAUGGACCCACAAGCUGCGGCUUUCCAAGGCACAGUCCUCCAAGGUGGACGUGGUGGACAUCCAGAGGGAGGGGACCCUCCGCUACAUGGUGGCCGACGACACGAACUGUGUGGGGAGCUCGCAGUGGCAGAAGUGCCGGCUGCUGCUCAGGAAGGCAGUGAAGGUGGAAGGGGAGAGGUUCCUGCUCGAGUUCUACGUCCCCCCAAAGGCUUCCAAACCAAAGGUGAGCAUCCCGCUGUCGGCCAUCAUUGAGGUGCGCACGACCAUGCCCUUGGAGAUGCCCGACAAGGACAACACCUUCGUGCUGAAGGUGGAAAACGGCGCCGAGUAUAUCCUGGAGACCAUCGACUCCCUGCAGAAGCACUCCUGGGUGGCAGACAUCCAAGACUGCAUUGACCCCGGGGACAGCGGGGACGACAUCGAGCUGGCUGCCUGCGCGCAGGGAGCCUGCCUGCCAGGCAGGGUGUCCUCCUGCAGCUGCGAAUUUCUGGCUGAUGAUGCGCCCAGGCCGCCGGACAGAUGUGCCAUGCCCAGCGCUCACAGUGCCACCCCUGCAGCCUCCACAGCCACCACUGUCACUGCAGCCCACGGCCGCGCCAGGGACUCGGUGGGGGAGCUGCUGACCCAUGUCCCGCUGGAGAACUUCCUGCAGACCCUGGAGUCUCCUGGUGCUGCCGGAGGGCACCCAGCAGGGGAGGAUGGUGAGGCUGAAGCGGAGAUCAACCUCUCCGACUACCCCUGGUUCCACGGCACACUGUCGCGCAUCAAGGCGGCCCAGCUGGUGCUGUUGGGGGGAGCCAGGAGCCACGGCCUGUUCGUCAUCCGGCAGAGCGAGACGCGGCCGGGCGAGUACGUGCUGACCUUCAACUUCCAGGGCAAAGCCAAGCACCUGCGGCUGUCGCUGAACGAGAGCGGGCAGUGCCACGUGCAGCACCUCUGGUUCCAGAGCAUCUUCGACAUGCUGCGCCACUUCCACACGCACCCCAUCCCGCUGGAGUCGGGCGGCGCCGCCGACAUCACGCUCCGCAGCUACGUGGUGGCCCAGAGCCCGCUGCUGGACACGGUCCCGGCGCCGGCGCCGCCGCAGCCGGGCUGCCGGCCGGAGCUGCCGGACUACCACGAGGCCGAGGGCGCGCGGGGCCGGGCCCGCGCCGUGGAGAACCAGUACUCCUUCUACUGACCCUGCGCCCUGGGCCACCGAGCUGGACUCGGCGCCUCUUGCCGCCAGGUCGGCCAUGAGCUGCUCCUCUUGGCGUUGGGAAGCGACGUCCCGGAUGGAGCCGGCGCCGGUGCUGCGCUUGGGGCUGGGAGACGGAAAACAUGUGUGGGAGCCCGCGGAGCUGGCGGCAGCCUCCCCUUCCCUCCUGGCCU